AUGCCGCUCCCUGUGCGCCUGGCGUGGCUGCUGGGGCUCUGCAGCCUCUGCCGCGGCUACUUCGAGGGGCCGCUGUACCCCGAGAUGUCCAACGGCAGCCUGCACCACUACUUCGUCCCCGACGGGGACUACGAGGAGAACGACGACCCCGAGCGGUGCCAGCUGCUGUUCCGGGUGAGCGAGCAGCGGCGGUGCGGCGCGGCGGCGGCAGCGGGCGGCGGGCUCAGCCUGCGCGAGGAGCUGACCGUGCUGGGCCGGCAGGUGGAGGACGCGGGCCGGGUGCUGGAGGGCAUCGGCAGGAGCAUCUCCUACGACCUGGACGGGGAGGAGAGCUACGGCGCCUACCUGCGCCGCGAGUCCGCGCAGAUCAGCGACGCCUACUCCAGCUCGGACCGCUCGCUGAGCGAGCUGGAGGGCAAAUUCCGGCAGGGCCAGGAGCAGGGCGGCCGGGAGGAAUCCCGCCUGGGCGACAGCUUCCUGGGGCUGCUGCUGCACGCCCGCGCCCUGCUCCGCGAGACCCGCCACGUCUCCAGCGGGCUGCGCGACAAGUACGACCUGCUGGCGCUGACGGUGCGCAGCCACGGCGCCCGCCUCAGCCGCCUCAAGAACGACUAUCUCCGCGUCUGAGCCCCCCUCAGCCGCCUCAAGAACGACUAUCUCCGCGUCUGAGCCCCCCUCAGCCGCCUCAAGAACGACUAUCUCCGCGUCUGAGCCUCCCUCAGCCGCCUCAAGAACGACUAUCUCCGCGUCUGAGCCCCCUCAGCCGCCUCAAGAACGACUAUCUCCGCGUCUGAGCCCCCUCAGCCGCCUCAAGAACGAUUAUCUCCGCGUCUGAGCCCCCUCAGCCGCCUCAAGAACGACUAUCUCCGCGUCUGAGCCUCCCUCAGCCGCCUCAAGAACGACCGUCUCCGCUCCUGAGCCCCCCGGCUGCUGGGGACCCCGCCAUCCCGACCACCCGUCCCCCGCAAGGCACGGCCCUGGCGCCCGCCUGGAAGGAGCACCUCCUUGGACAAAGCCUAGAAUUAUAAAGCUCGGAAAAGACCUCCGAGAUCAUCAAGUCCAACCCUUGACUGAAUACCAGCACGCCUACUAAACCAUAAGUGCCACAUUUGCUCGUUUUCGAACGCUUCCAGGGAUAGUAACUCAAGCAAAAUACAUUCUUCUUCAUGGAAAAAAAACCUUAUUUAUUUUGCCUUCCAAACAAAUAGCACAAUUGUAUAAACCAGGAGGUUCGAGGUAUAUUUAAGUUAAUAUCCGAGGUAUGUUUAAGUUAAUAUCCCAUAUUCAAAAAGCUACCCUCUGUUAUAUCAUUCACCUUUGGUUGCAAAGUGAAGUAAGCUUUCUCAUGUCUGACUCCCUGGUUUUUGUUUUUUGUAUCACCUGCCCUGCUGUGACUCACCUGCCCUAAGUGUAGCUGAAGUGAGGUGCUGGCCAGCUCCUUCCAGACUCCUGUGUAGCAAAUACUUAAAUUGCUUUUGUUGUUAGCCCUUCAGGGUGACACCUCUGGCCCUCUGUUAACUUCCUUUCUAACGAUAUGUAUUAUAUGCUCCUUAAAUGUUGUUCCACUACAUUAAGCUGUGAUUUUUAUUUGUGUUUGGAAAGAUGGGAACUAUUCUGGCAGGAUUUGUACUUCCAGGCUUGCUUAUCUGUGACUCUAAGCUAUCAUAACCCUAAGAAGCAGCCAAAAAGGCUUAUGUCAGAUCCUGAGAAUGCUGGUAGAGAUUUUUAUAGCAAAAAGAAUGAGCCCUAGCACUGGUUAGAGUUUUGGAUCCCAGAUUUGAGAGCCAGGAGCGUGUUUCUAAAGCUGACUAAAAGGUUUUGUCCGUGCAAACACAUUGACUUUUCUGGUUGGUGCCUUUGUACUUUUGCUAGCUAAGUUAUUAAUAUAACUUUGUGGUCCUGGACAAUAGCAAAAGUGCCUGGUGGGAAAGAGGGUGGGGUUUUUAGACUCGUUGCUGUUUAACUGACAAUUUUGGGUAAUGUGGCUAUUAAGUUACAGAUACUGCAGGCAGAAUACCUGUUGGGAUGAAAAGAGUUUCUAAGUUGUUGUAAUAAAUAUUUGAAAACAAUGUUAAAGUACAUUUUUGUUAUUAGUUUCCAAGACGCUCUUGAUUUUAAAACAUUCUGUUGGAAUAUGUCUUUUCAGCAAAACAUUGAAAGUUUGUAGCCCUUGCCAAGUGAAAUAACUUGCUUUUUAGUAAAAACAAAUAAAAAUUUACAGACUUA